AUGGCUCCAUCCGUGGCUCACGAUGACAUCGGAACCAGCCAGUCCACGGCCACGCCACAAAAACAACACCAACACCGCAAGCCAUUGAAAUUGAGCGGUGCCCUGGACCAGUUUGAACGCAGAGACCUGACUCCCGUGAUUGGCACCGAGUUCAAGAAUGUCAACCUGGUAGACUGGCUGAAUGCUCCCAACUCGGACGAGCUGCUGCGAGACCUGGCCAUCACCAUCUCCCGCCGCAACGUCGUCGUCUUCCGCCAACAGGAUGCCCUGGACAACGACCUGCAGAAGCAGCUGGUGCAGCGACUGGGCGAGCUGUCCGGCAAGCCCAGCACGUCGAAACUGCACAUCCAUCCGACGGUCAACAUCGCGCCGGCCGACCAGGGCCAGGGCCAGAAGCGAGACAACGAGAUCAGCGUGAUCGACUCGACGCGAGGCCGCAUCAUCUUCAAGGGCGUGCAGGACCGCGAGGUCAUCAAGUCCAGCAACAUCGACCAGUGGCACUCGGACAUUACGUUUGAGAGGGUGCCGAGUGACUAUGCCGCCCUGCGACUGACCAAGCUUCCCGAGACAGGCGGAGACACCCUAUUUGCAUCAGGCUACGACGUCUACGAUCGCAUCUCGCCCCCGAUCCGCUCGCUGCUGGAGUCGUUGACCGCCACGUACGGCCAGCCCAAGUUCGGCAAGGCCGCCGCCAUCAACGGCUACAAGCUGUACGAACAGGAGCGCGGCGCGCCCGAGAACGUCGGCCCCCAGCUCGAGGCCAUCCACCCCGUCAUCCGCACCAAUCCCGUCACGGGCUGGAAGUCGGUCUUUGCCGUCGGCCACCAUGUGCAGCACAUCAACGGCGUCACCGAGGAGGAGUCGCAGGCCCUGUUGAACUGGUUCCUACGCCUGAUUGUCGAGAACCACGAUCUGCAGGUCCGAGUGCACUGGGACAACCCGAACGAUCUGGUGAUUUGGGACAAUCGGUCCACAUACCAUGCCGCCACACCAGACUAUCAAGGUCUCGGGACACGAACGGGCCAGCGCGCCGUCAGCCUGGGCGAACGGCCAUACUUGGAUCCUCUGAGUUCGUCGAGAAGAGACGACCUGGCCCGUGAAGGGAGCAACAUUGCGCUCUUGAAGCUGACGCCAGAAACGUUGGCUUCAUAG